CGCCAUCCAUCCCCGGCGGAUGCUCGGCCGCCGCUCCCGUGCGCCCAGGAUACGCGCAAAGUUCGCCGAGCAUUCGAGGCGCCCCGAGCCGGGGAAGGCGGCGCGAGCCGGCCGGGCGCCCGAGGCGAGGGACCCCAGGAGCGGCGCCCGGGCGGCGGGAAGGCUGCAGAUUUGAGAGAGAAGAUCUGACAGUCUGGAAUUGGAACUGGUUCAGAAACUACUUCUACUUCAAAAAUGUUGGAGGAAGAUAUGGAAGUGGCCAUCAAGAUGGUGGUUGUAGGGAAUGGAGCAGUUGGAAAAUCAAGUAUGAUUCAGCGAUAUUGCAAAGGCAUUUUCACUAAAGACUACAAGAAAACCAUUGGAGUUGACUUUUUGGAGCGACAGAUCCAAGUUAAUGAUGAAGAUGUCAGGCUAAUGUUAUGGGACACUGCAGGUCAAGAGGAAUUUGAUGCAAUAACAAAGGCCUACUACAGAGGAGCCCAGGCAUGUGUGCUUGUAUUUUCUACCACAGACAGGGAAUCUUUUGAGGCCAUUUCCAGCUGGAGGGAAAAAGUAGUAGCUGAAGUUGGCGAUCUUCCCACUGUGCUGGUGCAGAACAAGAUUGACCUUCUGGACGAUUCUCGGAUAAAGAAUGAGGAAGCUGAGGCACUGGCCAAAAGGUUAAAGCUGAGAUUCUACAGGACCUCAGUGAAAGAAGAUCUGAACGUGAAUGAAGUUUUUAAAUAUUUGGCUGAAAAAUAUCUUCAAAAACUCAAACAACAAAUAGCUGAGGAUCCAGAACUAACUCAUUCAAGUGGUAACAAAAUUGGUGUCUUUAAUACAGCCGGGGGAAGUCACCUGGGUCAGAAUUCAAGUACCCUUAAUGGUGGAGACAUCAUCAAUCUUAGACCUAACAAACAAAGGACCAAGAGAAGCAGAAAUCCUUUCAGCAGCUGUAGCAUUCCCUAAGGUGUUUGAAGAAGGAGAAGAGUGCAAUUCUAUUAUGCAAACAUGCCGGCUGUCCUGGCAAGUGAUGCAGCCGACCGCACCUAAUGGGACUCUGAAAGCUGACAGGUUUAAUGUUGUUCUGCAGGGCUUCUCAGAAUGUAGGCAGACCUGGUGGAAAAUGACUGCCCUGUGGACUCGUUUUAUUUUAUUCUAUUUUAUUUUUUACGUUAGACGAUCCUUCUGUUUUUGAAGGGAUAUUGUAAGAGAUGUCAAAAACAAGUUUUGCUGAAUUUUAAAUGCUGAAAACAUAAAUGAAAUGCUUAACUAUGUUGGUACAGAUUUUACUAUUAUGGAUCAAAGAAAGAUAGCAAGCACUCUUUUUCUGUAAUUGAUCAUCUAGCUUUUCUGGAAAAUGGUGUUAGCAAAUAAUACUGAAAGACAAACCCUCAAUCUUAGCUGCUUGCAUUGGUGUGCGCGUCGGCCACAGCACUUGCGCAGGACCUGUGAGUGCAGCACGUGGAAGUUACAUGCAGAUACCUGGUGCCGGAGAAAACUGAAGGUAUGUGCAGUGCUUAAGGACGUGUAAAUUCUAACUAGUUCAUUCAUAAAACCAUUUACAUUGUGUACGUUUUUAUUCUCAAGUGAGAAGUUCCAGACAUUUUACAAAAUGAAUUUUAACUUAAAAUGCUGCUGUGUGCCAAAAAUACCCCUAAUUUUCACAGUGCUUUGCUAUCAGAGUUUAUACUGUUUGUCGUGCAUUUUAAAGCAGUUUUCCUCUGACACAGUAGGUGAAAGAAGAAAUGCCAGAGCAUCUCCCUGGUGAGAGUUCUCCCAUAAUCUUUGCGUGGCCACGACAAGCUUGGUAAGCUCAUGCUGUCAAAAGGUUGGCCAAGUCCCAGGAAGGUCCUCAUGAGCUCUGGGCAGCAAGUCUGCACAUCUGGUACCUCAGGCUGCUGGCUGAGAGACCAACCUUGAACUUUUAACACUAUGAUCACUAGUUUUUAAAUUGGUUAAAAGAUGGUCUUUGGUCCUAGUUCAUUAUAGAUUUCAUAAUGCCUCGCAACUAUAUUGCAUCCUUCUGUUUACACAUUUUUGUAUAGUAUUUUAAGAGUAUUGCUUAACAAUAUCUCUGGCCUUAGAUUUGUAGCCACUUUCUCAAGAGUUCUGUUAGCACCACAUAUAAAGUAUUUUUUUAGGGAAAUUACUUAAUAUAUAAUUGUGGGCAUAAAUUUCAUGACUCAGAACAUAUCCUCCCAAAGAGAUAAUUUCAUAAACUCUGUUAAAAUGAUUAUAAUUCAUCAGUUAUUUUCAAAGUAUAAGUAAGCCCUUUCAAUAUACCUGGUUUUCACAGGACUUCAAAAUAUGUACAAAUAGGUUUUCUUGGAAAAUGAAUUAAAUUUGUAUCAUUUGUAUUAAACUGCAUAAAUGUCAUGUUUAUCUCUUGUACUUUAAAAAAAAUUUCCUUCCAUACCACCUUCAUCUUUGCACAGAUUAAUGUUGAGAACACAAUAGAAUUUUCUGAGUACUUCUUUAAGUGUCCAAGAGGAAGUCUUUGCUUUCCAUAAUAUUGAGAUCAUUUGUGAUAAUUGGUCUGAAAAUAAUAUGUUUGUCUUUAUGUAACCAGUUGUUAACACUCCCCAUUGCUGGCAGUGGGAUCAGAGUUGGGGGAGAAAACUAACCAAGGGUUCCUAGCGAUGGAUAGAUACCUACUGGUGAUUUGUCUUUUUUACUUGCUUGAGAUCCGAUCUCUUUUAUUUUUGCACAAUAUGUAUUUUGUGGCAAAUAAUGUUCAUCAGCAGAAGAGUUAUUCAUGUUGCAAUUUUGUUUCAUACUCACUAAAUGAGACACCUUGCUACAUAAGGUAUGUAAUCUCUGAUAGUUGUGAUUUUUCCUAAUAUUUGUAAUCUAAUUUUAUGAACUUGGUUUUUUCCUUUUUUUUGUUACACAAAUCCUGGAGAGGUAUUUGUUACUUUUUUAAAAUUUUUAUUAGCAUUUUCCAUGAUUAUAAAAAAAUAUCCCAUGGUAAUUCCCUCCCUCCCCCCUUUGUUACUUAUUUGAACUUUGACUUGGCAUAACUGUAUUUUACACGUAACUAUAAAUAUAAGGAGGUGUGAAAGUCAGCCACAAUUAGUGUUAAGUAAAUUACCAAUUUAACCAAUUUUAAAAUCUUUAAAGUUCCCAUUAUUUUUUCUUUGUGGUCCUUAAUUCUUUUAAAAUAACUUGUUCAUUAAUUUCUUUUGAAACCAUGGAUGCUGAAGAAAAGCCUCACCCGAGAUUCCAGGUUAAUGUGCAUUGGUGGCCCGAUUUGCGUUACCACUGACGUAGCCGACAGACAUUGAUGUGGAAUGAUUGCCAUACUUCAGAGAACCUCAGGAUUCCAGUCCCCUUUUUAGUCUCUGCCUAUGAAUUAAGUAAUAUAAAUAAUCCAUAGUAAGGCAGGAUAAAUAAUCAGGUUAAGUGGUUUCCUUUUUAUCUGUCCAAAGUUGAUAGUGCACAUGUGGUUUUUCAAAUUAAAGCUAACACUACCAAAAAAGAGAAUAAAUGAUGGUUCUUCCAAAGUUGUCAUGGCAGCACUUAGGAAGAACUCAGUAACAUGUACCCCAUUGUGCCUGUGACUUUUAGGGACUGGUGCCAUUUUGAAGACCUUAGAGUGAAGACUUGGCCCUAGUACCUGAUGUCCCAAUAUAAACUGUAGAACUCUUUUAAUAUAAGAUGAUGUUAAUUAUAAGCACCUUUUUCAGAACCUUUGAAAGUUAUUGGUAGCUUGCUGAAAUGCUUCCAGAAAUGUUUUAUCAUAUCUCUAUUUCUGGAAAUACAUGAGCGGAUUGGCUAAAGCUUAUUUUGAACUGUAGGUGUUUAGUGACCAUGUGGGUUUAUUUAGUUUAAAGUUAUGAACAUGUCACUCUGAAGGUUUCAUAUAGAAAAUGAGUAAGUCUAUCAUGCACAGGAAUUAUUUAUAAACAAACUAUUGAAAACCACAGUGCACUCUGAAAUAUGUGGCCCCCAAGCUCCCUGGUAACGGGAGGGUUUGGCUGCACAACUUUUCCUGAGCCAGUGCUGCUCUCUGUCGUCCCUUGAAAUAGCUAUAGCAAGAUGUUGACAGAGGUUAUUUUAAAAGAAAAAAAAAAACUGCAUUAAAUGGAAAACUGAUUCCCUUCUAUAUUUUUGUUACUAAUAAAUGAUGCUUUUGUAAGUUUCGAUGGAAAACUUCUGUAUACUUACACUGAGUGGUACUUACGCCCUUGAGUUUAAUUUGAAAUAUACACUACUUUAAAAUUUCCACAGAGAUGAAUUUCAGUAAUCAAAAAAUAAAAACAUUUCCAAGCUA